GCAAAUAAAAGCCACCCUUGUAUCUCUAUAAAUACCAAUCCAUCAACAACCUCCUUCUUCCCAAAGAGAAAAGAAAGAAAAAUCUUCUAUUAUUAUUAUUUUUUUUUUUAAAAAAAAUAAAGCUCUACAAAAUGAGUUCAUACUGCUACCACAUAGUUCUGCCAAAACCUCUCUUUCUUUUUGUGAGAACAGUUGACACCAUCUGGGUCUCCAUCUGUAAAUUUCUCUUCAUUCUUGGCCUCACUUCAUCUUCUCCAAAUCAUUCUCUUCUUGCACCUUCUUGGGAUCAUGUUUAUCUCAUCCCUUCUACAGACCUCACACCUUCUUCUUCUUCUUCUUCUUCUUCUUGUUUAUCCUCCAUUUCCAUCCUCUCUCAUCUCCCUAUUGUUUCAUUUUCAAGUCACAAAGAACAUCAAGAAGAAGGAGAAGAAGAGGACAAUUUGUGUGCUGUUUGUCUUGUUGGAUUAGAGGCAAGUGACCAAGUUAGAGAGCUGGGGAACUGCAACCAUGUCUUCCACAAGGACUGCAUAGAUAAGUGGGUGGAAAAUGGCCAUCAGACUUGUCCUUUGUGUAGAUCUGAGCUCCUCUCACAUGGCAACAACAUUACUGAUGGUUUUGGUUUUGCUAAGAGUCCUUUACUUGCCAGGCUUCUCAGAAGACUCUAAUCAGAUUCUCAAUCUUUCUGUUUUGUGUUUUAAAAUCUGUAAAAGUUGUAAUUUAGUGCUUCAUUUGUGUUUAUACUUGUGGCUCUGUUUUGCUUCAUCUUUUGGUACAAUUAUUUGAUGGAGCUUGUGAAUAGACAUGUACUGUAAUUUACUAAUUUUAUAUG